AUGUCUUUCUUGUCGACUUUCUUUACCUUGCUAUUAAUCACAACGGCCGUUCUCAGCGCGCCCACAGCACCAAAACCAAAUCUCCAACGCAGAUCCUUUGAGAUUCCCCGUGUUCGUCGCGCAAAUUACGUCCCUCAUGGCCCCGCAGCGCUGAGAAAAGCGUACGGCAAAUUCAACAUCACUGCGGCACACCUUGGUCUUGAUGCUCUCGACUUUCAGGCUGUACAGCAGCACUCUAGUGGCGCUGCGAACGCGGCAACCUCGACGAACGGAACCGAAAAUGGAUCUGUUGCUGCCGUCGCGACCAACGGUGACGUUGAGUUUGUGGCUGCUAUCAAUGUGGGUGGUCAGACUAUGAUGAUGGAUUUUGACACUGGAUCAUCGGACUUGUGGGUGUUUAGCACCAAUUUGGCUGCCAAAGCCCAAACGGGACAUACUGUCUUUGACCCAACAAAAUCAAAAACAUUCAAAAACGUGAAAGGUUCAACCUUUAGUAUCACAUACGGAGACGGAUCUGGAGCAUCUGGAACCGUAGGUACCGACACCGUCGACAUUGGCGGCGCAACAGUCCAGAACCAAGCCGUCGAACUCGCCAACAAAGUCUCUACAUCAUUUGUGCAGGACACUAACUCCAACGGUCUUGUCGGACUCGCAUUCUCAAAACUCAACACUGUUAAGCCAGCACAGCAAAAAACUUUCUUCGACAACAUAGCUGCUCAGCUCGACGAACCAGUCAUGACCGCUUCCCUCAAAUCCGGUAGCAACACGGGAAGCUACCAGUUUGGAACAAUCGAUACCACAAAAUUUACUGGUAACCUUGCCAACAUCAGCAUCGAUAGCACCAGGGGAUUCUGGGAGUUCAACUCGGCUGCUUUCAGUGUUGGUGACAAUGGAACCAUGCAGGCUAUCACCCAGUCGCCCACUGCCAUCGCUGACACUGGUACCACCUUGAUGCUUGUCAGCCCUGAGGUUGCCACUGCAUACUAUCAGCAAGUACAAGGUGCUCAGCUCAAUCAGCAAGUAGGUGGUUUCAUCUUCCCUUGUGAUGCUACUCUACCUACCCUUUCCAUUGCGGUGGGUGACAACAACCUUGCAACUGUGCCAGCAUCCGUUAUCAACUUCUCCAAAGUCUCGAAUACUAUGUGCUUUGGUGGUGUCCAGUCAAAUGGUGGUAGUCAGUUCCAGAUUUUCGGUGAUGUUUUCUUGAAGUCGAUGUUUGUUGUCUUUGACCAACGAGGUCCUUCUCUCGGUCUUGCCAGUCCUGCCUAA